AUGUUGGAACAGUUCGCCUCUUCUGCCGAUCGAAUCGAAAAGGCCCUAACAUCCUCCCUAGCCAAAUUGACUGAUGGCAUUGAAGAGGUUACACGGCGUCAGAGCGAAAUCAUAUCUCGCCUUGAUGCAUUGGAGGAGCGCGUGACCAGCCUGCAGAAUUCGAGUCCACUGGAUCAAAACCUUCUUUACUCUACCCUCGUCAAAGUGAAGGCCGAUAGCGACAAAAUCGAAGGUAAACUUAGGCGCAUAACCUGGGUUGGAAUAGGAGAACAGGCUGACGAACACUCGACGAAAAAAUUCGAUCAGGAAGCUCUACGUGAGGUGAUUCUCUCCUCUGGUGACGAUGAGCUUAUCGAGGAAUUCUCAAAAGGAAGAAUAACGGCUCAUCGUCACCCGCCCGUGAAGCCGAGGAAUCAAGGUGGGCGCGACCGAAUCAUAAAAAUUGAGCUUCCCUCUUCUGCUAUGAAGGACAGGCUACUGCGUCACAUGAAGUCGGGACGACAGAGCCUAACAAGGCGUUUCGUCCAUUCGUAUGCUCGCAGAGAUUAUACGGUGGAGGAAUUGGAAUUGGACCGAAGCUUACGCAAACAGGCAGGUUUGGCCAACGCGAAGGUUGGAAAGCUUCAGUAUGUGGUCAGAGACCUCCAAAUACACCAGUUGAAGAAUGCAAGACAGCUGUCGCAUCGAGGUUCCACCUCUUUUUCGGAGUCAGCGAAAGCUUCAUCAGGGAGUUGGGUAGGAUCCAUGGAUGCAUCCAUCGUCGGCACUUCCAGGUCUCCAAACAUUUCCCCAUAG